CAGAAAACUCGCUACCAGGAAGAUGAGGAUCAUCGGUAAAUAGUCAUUAUUUCUUAGAAAUUAAUGCAUUUCGCCGAAAUUAAUAGAACAAUAUGUUUGCUCUUUACAGAACACAACUUUUGGAGCGACAGAAAACUCGCUACCAGGAAGAUGAGGAGUAUAGGUAAAUAGUCAUUAUUUCUUAGAAAUUAACUCUGUGAAAAUUAAUAUACUUUCACUUUCAGAAAUUAUCACAAACAAAAAAGUAACGAACAGUGGGAGAAGAAGAAGUUGGCUGGAUUGACUGAUGCAUGCAGGAAACUGGACUUCACCCCGGAUUCGGCAUUACUGAAGUGGCUGGGGCAGAGUGAGUUUCUCAAGGAGGAGAAAUUAGGGAUGUGAGUGAUUUAUUCAUUUCUUAGAAAUUAGAAUCUUGGUUGGUUUUGAUUGUGUUUAUUGUUGUUCACAGCGACUUCGUGGAUUAUCUGCGACAUCUCCCCCUCACCAAACUCCUUCAAAAAUUCCCCCAAUUCGUUUCGGAAAAAUUUCUGAGAAAUAAGGAUUAUUGUGUUUACGUUAACACACUUUUCGACUGGCCGGAGCUGCAAGGAAAAAGUAUUCCAGAAGCUGAGCAAAUUAUUUCUCAGAAAUCUAGUGACAAGAAGAAAAAGAUGUUUACGUACAUUGGGCUUCAUUCAAAUGGACAAAAAUCUCGUCCCGGCCACAAAUGGGAUGAAAAUUCCGCCAUCUAUCAAUUCCUUCAGACUCCAGGAACUCGAGCCUUCAACUCCUUCCUCUUCAACUGUAAUCCCUUAGGAAUGAAGACUGCUUCUGGUGAUAAAUUGCGAGCUAUGAUUGCACAGGCAGAAGUGUACAUGAGGGAAUUGGAAGCUUUCUUAAUCAAAUUUCAGGAUGAGCGUCAGAAGCUGCCGUUUGGUGGGAUGCAGCAGAUGUCAAUCAAUAAGAAAAUAGAGCCCCUACGAACUGGACUGGCGAAGCAGGCAUCCGUCUUGUGUAAGACUGCUCAAUUAUUCGAUUUCUCGAAAAGUGGAAGGAAGGCUACCCCUAAGGCUGGGUUUCUGUGUGGGGCAGACCUCCCAUUUUUCAUCAUUAAUGAAAUUAAAAAUUAA